AUGUCCGAUUUAAACCUUGAUAGUGAUGAUGAGCCUAUUGGACUUUCAGCUGCUACUCUUGCAGCAUUACAGGAGUUUCGAGAUGAGGAAAAAGAACGGCAAGAAAAGUUUGACAAACUCUAUAGAGAUUCCGAAAAUAGAUUUGAAGAAAAGGAAGAUGCUACUGAUGUAACCGACAAAAAUAUUGAAGAUUUUGAAGAAGACUGGAAUCUUAGUCAGUUUUGGUACAGUAAAGAAACGGCUGAUACUUUAGCAAAAGAGGCAUUAAUGGCAAUAGAUGUUGAUUUAGAAGAUCUCAAUAAAGGACAGAUUACAAAAAAACUUGCAAUAAUCUCUGCUCCUUCUGUUUAUUCUGCUAUUCUUGGAAUUCUGAAAGCAAUUAAAGAAAAGUCUGAGCAAAAUGUUUCUGCUAGAGUUGACACAAUUUUAAAAAGCAUAUAUCUACUCGAAUUUGAUCCACGAUUUAGAUACUUAACUAUUAGUCCCGAAUACUUUAUUUUAUACGAUUAUAGUAAACCACUUUCUAUUCCAAAAGAGUUGAAGGGUACUAUUGAUGCCGUUGUUGUCGAUCCGCCUUUCUUGUCAGACGAAUGUCAUACAAAAACGGCUCUUACUGCAAGGUAUCUCCAGUCCCAAGAUACAUCAAAUAAUAACUCAAAGGUUAUUGUUUGUACUGGGGAAAGAGUUUCUGAAAUUAUCUUAAAAGUUUAUCCUGGGACUCAUAUUACUGAUUUUUUCCCUCAGCACUCUAAAGGACUUAGCAAUGAGUUUAGAUCUUUGUGCGCGUUAGGUGCUUUAGCGGUAGCGACGUCUGUUGUCAAUCAUUCUACAGUUCUAAAUCUACGUUCAGAUAGACUUAAAGUGGUUGCUCAGCUUAAGGCUGCACAAGUUUCACAAGUUUUAUCUCUCUUAUUGGGAGAUUUGAUAGUGCUAAGUUCAAGAAAUUUCAUACAUACCCUUCUUACAAAUUAUUACACUGGAGAACAAGUAAAUAAUGUCAACGAAGUUGAUUUUCAAAUGUUACUUAAAACAACUGAUAACUCAAUAGCAGGUGCUAUUUAUUCUUAUAAUACCAGUUUAGUCAUAUAUAAAACAAAUAACGAUACCUUACCUCAAUCGGUCACUCUUCCGGCAUUGUUGUUUCCUUUAAAUAAUACUGGUAGCAGCAGCGACGUUAACAGUUUGAAUAAUGGAAAUUCGAUAAUCAGAGGUCCUAGAAUGGUUAAUAAUUCGUUCUAUCUUUCGAUAACACGGGCUUUAAAUACACAGUCUUCUGACGGACAAAUAGUAUCAGGUUCCAUUCUCGGGUAUUUGACAAUUGUUUCAAAAGCAACUGGCUUGUUAAAUGUUGUUACCACUAGUGACUUAGAAGAUGGAAGUCGUUUAUCUCUUAUUAAACUAGGAGUUAAUGGCACCCGCUCCACAAUAGACAAGAGUACAUUAACUAAUUUAAACUAUACAUAUGUGACACCAAGUUUAAUGUGUAUUACUUGCUAUAACUAUCAAUUUCCAUUGGCUAUAGGAACUCCUGAAUAUCUUGCACUUGUGAAUGGAACAUCUGGUGCUUUCAUUAAUUAUGAAAUACCCCAGUAUGGAAUGGUUUCUACUGGUUAUGCACCAGUUUCUACAUUUUGGCAGAUAUGGGGCGUUGUAGUUUUCCAACCACACAAAUAUGUUUAUGGCCCUAUUCGAACUAUUCAAAAAAUUUCUAUUAUUUCGGUUUUUUCUAUUGGUGCUGGUGUGUGUGUUUUGACUCUUUUGUUAUCUGGAUGGGUAUUGCGUCCCAUUACUAGACUACAAGCGGCAACUGAACAAUCUUACGGAGACUCUCAUCAUUCACGAGGAUUUUGGCAUUUUUUCAAAAACUUAUUUUUGGGUCUGCUCAAAUUAAAACGACCUACAAAAUCCAAACCUGAGUUUAGAGAAAAAUUCACUUCAGGGAAUAGCUUUUCCCAUAACUACAAAGGACGAUUUCAGGAAGACGUUCCAGAAUUUCGGUUACCUGAAAAGAUAGUAACUCGUAAAUAUAUUCGCGAUGAACUUACAGAAUUAACCGAAACUUUUAAUGAAAUGACUAUUGAGCUUCGAAAACAAUAUAAAAAUUUAGAAGAACGGGUACAACAGCGAACCAAAGAAAUUAAAACAGCAAAAAGUUUAGCGGAAACCGCAAAUGAAGCAAAAUCUUUGUUCAUUGCAAAUAUUACCCAUGAACUUCGCACCCCACUUAAUGGAAUUUUGGGCAUGGCUGCUGUUGCCAUGGAAGAAAAUGAAGCUCAAAGUGUGCGUGAAUCGUUGAAGGUUAUUUUCAAAUCUGGAGAGCUUUUACUACGAUUACUGACGGACCUUUUAAGCUUUUCAAAGAGUGAAGUUGAUAAUAUGAAACUUGAGAUUAAAGGAUUUAGUAUUUCAGAAAUUAUUUCCCAACUUCACGCGAUAUUUGACGAAAGUAGCAAAGUUGCAAGAAUUAAUUUCUCAAUAGUAAUGAAUAGCGAUUGGCUAUUAAAGUAUGAAGUGGACGGUGAUAUUAACAGAAUACUUCAAGUUGUUAUUAACUUGGUUUCUAACAGUUUAAAGUUUACGCCAUCUGGUGGUUUUGUCAAGGUCAUUAUUUCUGCUGGCAAAAAUGAUGAUAGUGACCGGAAUGCUUCUGAAUCUUCGUCUAAUAAGGAAUUUUCUGAUUCUUCUUCAAAUAGUGAAACUAAUGAAGACUAUUAUGUCACGUCUGGUAAAACGGUAGUCAGUUUUGUUGUGUGUGACAGUGGUUCCGGUAUUGCCCCCCACUUACAGUCACGAGUAUUUGAGCCAUUUGUUCAAGGCGAGAUUGGAGCUAAAGAAACUAGGAGCGGAGCAGGUCUGGGGCUUUCUAUAUGCCGCCAUUUAGCAACGUUGAUGGAUGGUACCAUAGAUUUAAAAUCCGAAGUUGGUAAUGGAUCAUGUUUCACUUUCAGAGUUCCGAUGAAAUAUAGCUUAAUAUCGUCUAAUCAUGAUGAUUCAGAUACUGAAAGGUCAUCAAACCAACAAAUGAGUUUGGAUUAUGGACUUUCUGAUAUAAAACCUUUUAUCAUGGAAACCAAUAAUAAAUCGUCAUCAACUGACGGUAAAAAUCAAUUUGAAGUUCCACAACCUCCAUCACUAAAAGUUUCCAGUUUGGUUUCGCCUUAUAUUGAAGCUUCAGUAAAAAUAGAAGAAAACAAGGAAUCGAAAUCCGUUUAUAAUAAUACUGUUAAUGGUAUACCUGAAAUUAUAUCAUCCCCACAUUGUCCCAUGGUAUCUUCUGUUUCUGUUUGUGUGGAUCCAAUUAAAAUAAGCUAUUCUGGAGUGUAUUCUGGCUCACAUGUGAAUAACAGCAGUGUUUCUAAUAUGAAUUCUCAGCAUUCAAAGAAAACGCUAGAUCCUAAAAUAUGUGAUGAUCUUCAUGUUUUAAUUGCAGAAGACAAUCGGGUAAAUCAAGAAGUUAUGGUUAAAAUGCUUCACCUAGAAGGUAUUAAAAAUGUUGAUGUCGCUAACGAUGGCAUUGAAGCUGUAUCUGCAGUUGAAAAAUGUCGCCCUAUAGAUGGACCGUCUGUUAUGAACCUUCAAUCACAAGUUACUAAUAAAAAUCAAAUUUUUGAAGAAGAUUUAUCAUCUGUUCAAAGUCACUCAUCACAAACAAUAGAAACUGAAAAACAAAAUCCCCUUAAGGACUGGAAAACUAAAGAAUUUGACAUCAUUUUUAUGGAUAUUCAAAUGCCAAAUAUGGAUGGAAUUCAAGCUACAAAACAAAUCAGAAACAUUUUAGGAUAUAAAGGUCCUAUUAUUGCUGUUUCUGCAUAUACAGACAAGUCCAAUGUUGACAAAUGCCUUGAAUCUGGAGUUAAUGAUUUUCUAGGGAAACCUCUUCGAAGGCAGCAACUCCAUAGUAUGCUUGAAAUUCUUGUUCAAAAAAAAUUAAAAAAUUACCAGUAA